AUGGACAAGAACACACCACGAGAAGGAGCCUCAAACUCGAGGCCACCCUUUUUCGACGGUAAUGAUUAUCCAUAUUGGAAAGCCCGUAUGACAACACAUUUAAGUUCCCUAGGAGUUAGGGUUUGGAGAUCUGUCAAGUACGGCUACGAGACCCCUACCAUAGAAGACACUACGACUAAACAAAUGAGGGCUAAGGAUGACACUGAGUGGAAUUCUGCUGACAAUGAAAGUUUUGAGGCAAACUCUAAAGCUUUAGGAGCCAUCUAUGGAGCAUUGAGUAAAACUAAAUUUAGUCGUAUUUCCGCAUGCACUACUGCAAAAGUGGCUUGGGAUAUUCUCCAAGUCACCCACGGGGGUACUAAGACUGUUCAAACUUCAAAACUCCAAAUACUUACAACACGUUUUGAAGAUUUGAGAAUGCAGGAAGAUGAGACAUUUGAUAGUUUUAUCACUAAGUUGAGUGACAUCAUUAAUUCCUUCCACGCAAUAGGAGAACCAAUCCCUAAUCUUAAAGUUUGUCGAAAAGUGCUUAGGUCUCUUCCUGAGAGGUUUAGGGCUAAGGUAGUUGCGAUAGAAGAAAGUGAUAAAGUUGAUGACAUUCUUUUUGAGGAACUUGUAGGUAAACUUCAAACGUUUGAAUUGAAUCAUCUCUCAAAGAAACCUACAUUAAAGCCUAAUAAAAGCAUUGCUUUUAAAUCUUCUAAAGAAGAAUCCUCUGUGACACAAGAGAGUGAUAAUGACCUUGACGGAGAAGAACUUGCUUUCUUUGCUAAAAAAUUCAGAAAUUUUGUUAAAUUUCCUCCUAGAUAUUCUGUGCUUGUUGCCAACAUUAAGUCUCCCGCGUCCCCCAAAUCGGUUGAACUUUCUACAACUCUUAGCGAUGAUAGUAAGUAUGUCUCGACUGACGAAGAUUGUGAGAAUAGUGAUGAUGAUAUAGAUUCUAUUCAUGAGGCCUAUAAUCAGUUGUUUAAACAAGGUGUCAAACUGAAAAAGAAAAAGAAGGAACUCAUGAGUGUCAUCGAGAAAAUUAGUGACAAGUUUGCCAAAAUUGAGAGAGAGCAUGUGAAUGCCUUGAAGGCUCUUGAAGGGUCUAACGAGAGGAUUUUUGAUCUGGAGCAUGACCUUAGGGAGGCCACUGAGGCCAUAAAGCGUAAUGAGUGUGGUGCAACUCGUAUUGCUAAGAUGACACAUACGUUUAAAAAUAGAAGCGGCUUAGGGUUUGUUGAUCCACCUUCACUGAUACAUAAGGCUAACGAGUUCACAAAAAAGGAAAUCAAGUUUGUGAAAUCUGAAAUUGCAAAGAAUGAGGUAGUGAGCGAUAAACCCGAAUCUUCUAUUAAAUCUCCCACCAUCAUUAAGAAUGCUUACAACAAUACUCAUGCUCCUGAAAAGAAAAAUCCUUUUAUUUGUCACUACUAUGGUGGUCAAGGUCACAUUCGACCUUUUUGUUAUACACUUAGAAGGGACAAUCAGAGAACAAAGGGGAAACUACCUCAAGUUGUGUGUCAGUCUCCCACAAACAUUAAGAAUGAGAAUUUUCAAAAGACUUUGAGUCAGUUGGCAAAUCAAACUUCUUACCUCGUCGUGGAAAUCAAAAAGUUGUCAAUUUUGGCUAAUAAUAGUGGAGAGACUGAUAGGAUUGUUGCAAGACAUACUACACAUGGUCACACCUCGCAUGUGAACACCAAACCGAAGCAAACAUGGAAGAGAGUCAUUUGUCAUGUAGCAUACACUGCUUUUCGGGCACAUGAUGCCUGCGCCUGGUACUUAGACAGUGGAUGUUCUAGACACAUGAUCGGAAAUAAGUCUUUCUUUUUUAAGCUAGACAAGUAUAAUGGUGGUUUUGUCACAUUUGGUGGUGGUAAUACAGGUAAAUUCGUAGGACAAGGCACCAUAAAUGCACCCGGAAUCCCUCCGUUAGAUAACGUAUUAUAUGUUGAGGGUUUGAAAGCUAACCUGUUAAGCAUAGGGCAAUUUUGUGAUAAUAUGCAUGAAGUCAAUUUCUCUAAAAAUAAUUGCUCUAUUGUUGAUGCUUCGGGUUUGUGUGUGGUUAAAGGUGUUCGUUCCUCAAAUAAUUGCUAUUGUGUUGAAAUUGCCGGUUCUAAUGUGUGUCAUCGAGUAUUGCUUGACGAUGUAGAAAUUUGGCACCAACGUAUAGGACAUGUAAAUUUUCCGGAAUUACAUCGAAUAACUAAGAACGAGAUUGUGAGGGGAGUGCCCAAACUUGCCAAUGGGCAAGGGCUUGUGUGUGCUGGUUGCAUGAAGGGCAAACAAAUAAAACGCCCUCAUAAAAAGACAAAUUUAGUUGCAACCACAAAAUGCUUAGAGUUACUUCAAAUGGACUUGAUGGACCCUCACGUACUGAAAGUUUAG